AUGGCCUGGGGGGUCCACAUCUGCUGCUUCCACCUGUGCUGGUGCUGCUCCUGGCCUCAGGGCGCUGUGCCUGAAAAACUUCACAAACACUCAGGACAGACGCUCUUCCUGCAACGCCAGUACUCACCCAAGAGAGGGCCCUAUCAGCCCAAAUCCUGGCGUCAGCAGGCAUCUCCAAAUUGGUGUGCCUUACUUGUCACCAGCUCCAAGCCCCAGACAGCAGUUCAGAAGUCUCGUUACACAAUCUGGGACAAGCCAAAUGCUAGCGUCUUCAAAAUCACCAUGAUUCAGCUGAAGGAGGACUCGGGAUCCUACUGGUGUGGAAUCUACAACACUUCCAAAAACUUCAACACUGUUCUCAGAGAUGUCAGCCUGGUGGUGUUUGCAGUCCCAGCCAUGUCUCCUAUGUGGACCCUCCCCUGGCUCCCAACGAACACAGAUGGGGCCAUCCAGUUGCAGGAAAACAAGCUCAGGGAUUCCACAGAUUCUGCGUUAUGGAAAUCAAGUGCCCCCAUCUGCCUUGGCUCAGCUGGCCCCAAACUCCUGAUCUCUGUGUUGUGUGGACUCCUCCUGGCCAAGGGCCUGAUGCUGUGAGUCCUGUUUGUGUUCCUGACCUGCAGGUGCCACAGACACAAAUCUUAGAAAAAGACAGAGGCUUUCUAGGAGUCCCAUUCCAGGACGCUGCCUCUGUCUUUGUCCUGAGAGGAACAAGGCCAGAGUACAAAGCUGAGAGUGCCUGGGUAGAAGAUUUA